AUGCGAGCAUCACCAUUGGUAUGUUCAAUACGUCUUCUACUUGCUUGUUUGGCACUUCUUGGUUUUUUUCUUUGUUAUGCUCAACGAAAUGGACUUUCUGUUAGCAUUGUUUGUAUGGUUGAUCCUGAUGCGGAUAAUGUAACUUUAUCAAAGGAUAUUAGUUCUGUUACUGUUCCUCGUAAUAUCCCACCUUCAUGUCAUAAACAUACAGCAAGUCAAGUUCUUCUAUGGCCAAAACAAACACGUGGUGUUAUUCUUGGUUCAUUUUAUUAG